AUGUCGGCGGUGUCAGUGUUUCCCAUGUGUGUCCGAGCGACUCGCGGCCUCCUCAGGCUGAGGACCGAAAUUAGAGCUGGUCGUAGUACCGCGGUGUCAGUCCUGACAAGAGCCUUAUCCUCGGCCCCUUCGACUGGAGAACAGAACAAUGCUGCUGAAGGACUGACGCAAGCCAUAUUACAGGAUAGGCUUCUGCAACAGCAGAAAAGUCUGGGCCAGCCUUUGAAGGAGGCAGAUGGAAACAGGGACUAUAACCAGGACCAAGGCAACGAAAAGAAGCAAAAGGAACAGGCAGCCUAUACCAAAAAGAUUUUGCUGAGACUGGCUGGUAUUAUGGGACUGGGUGGCACGAUGACUGUAGUGUACAUAUUCGGCAGCAAUUCAGUCGACGAACAAGGAAACAAGAUUCCAGAUGAAUUUGACAAUGAUGUUGUAGUAAUUCAGCAACUGAAAAGGACCUUCAAGUAUUUCAAAGAUUACAGACAGAUGAUCAUUGAACCCACGAGCCCCAAACUCCUGCCUGACCCGCUGAAGGAGCCCUACUACCAGGCGCCGUACACCCUGGUUCUGGAACUGACAGAUGUCCUGCUGCACCCAGAGUGGUCGCUGGAAACAGGUUGGCGUUUCAAGAAGAGGCCAGGCAUCGACUACCUGCUUCAGCAGCUGUCACCUUUGUAUGAGAUCGUUAUCUUCACCGCUGAGACCGGCAUGACUGCCUACCCCCUGAUCGACAGCAUAGACCCCCAGGGAUUUGUUAUGUAUCGCCUCUUCAGAGAUGCCACGCGUUACAUGGACGGUCACCAUGUUAAGGAUGUGUCCUGUCUCAACAGAGAUGCCACCAAAGUGAUUGUGGUGGACUGUAAGCGAGAGGCCUUUGGGUUACAACCUUUCAAUGGGAUGGCAUUGCGUAAGUGGGAUGGAAACUCGGAUGACCGGACCCUCUAUGACCUGACUGCCUUCCUCAAAACCAUUGCCAUUAAUGGGGUGGAAGAUGUCCGCACUGUGCUGGAGAACUAUGCCCAUGAAGAAGACCCCAUUGAGGCUUUCAAGCGCAGACAGGCACAGCUAGCACAGGAAGAGGAGCAACGACUGUCUGAGCUCUCAAAGCAUAAGAAACAAAGUGUGUCUUUGGGAUCUUUAGCAGUGAGAUUGUGGGCCCGUUCCAAGCAACAAUGAGAAGCGUUUUCAUUCAGACAUCUCAGGCCGUUUGGUUGGGGCAGCGAGCCAGUGGAAACGGCUGAAAUCACACCAGGAAGAGUUGCGAAGAAGGGAGGGUGUUAGGAUUUGGGAAUGGUAACUGAGGAUAGUAACUGUCUAAAUCCUCUUCCAGAUGUCUAGGAGUGUGGCAGUAUACUUUCGUGGAGGAGGGGAGAUGCAUGUAGCAUACAUGUAACAUUCGGAUCCUCCAUGGCGUUAGUUACAUUCCUGUAUUGAUUAAGGCUCUUAUAUUCAUCGUUUGUUACUGAAGUUCUCAUCAAGCUUGGGGUACAAGGGACAGUAAUGUGGUCAAAACAAAUUUGACCAAACUUAAUGAAGAUGCAGAAGAAAAGUGAACAAAAGUGAAGAAAAAAUUAUGAUAAUUGGUCUGAACAUCCGGUAGUUGCCACAGACCUGUUGCCCCCCGCAACACGACUGAGACCAGGAGGCCAGGAGUUAUUUAAAACAAUGAAACUCCAUCUUUUGAAGUCGGAGUCAGGCUUUGCUCCCUCAACAAGGAGAACCCACAGUGAAUAAGUUAUGCCUGUGAUGCGAAUGCAGGUUCAUGGUAAUACGCCUUUGUGAAAGGCACCUAACGUUAAAUAAAGGGAGACCGGGUAGGUGCUGCUGUGUUUAGUUACUUUCAAUGGCUUGGUUUGUGUAUUUGUUGAAUUCCUGUGAAUUGCAAAUGUCAUAAAUAAAUGAAAACUGACUUCACA